AUGCUACCAACCAAGACGCUCAAAAUGGCCGCUUCAGUCGUUUCCCUAGACCAGAUCCCGUCGCUCGCGUCCCUCUACCGCGACUCAAAGCUCGCCGCCAGCUCCAAGCCGCCAGCCACCUCACCAUCUGAAUCGGUCAACAAUCGCGCGGCACUCAUUCGCGGUGAUCUUACCAAGCUACAGGUCGACGCUAUUGUCAACGCAGCCAACACAUCGCUGCUCGGUGGCGGCGGCGUCGACGGUGCCAUACACGCCGCCGCCGGCCGCAGUCUCCUCGACGAGUGCCGCACCUUAGGCGGCUGCCCGACCGGCGAAUCGCGCAUCACCAAGGGCUACCGCCUGCCUGCCAGACACGUCAUCCACACAGUCGGCCCCGUCUAUAGUAGCGACGACGUCAGCGAACCGCUGCUUCGUAGCUGCUAUCGCUCCAGCCUAGAGCUCGCUGCCCAGAACGGCCUCAGGUCGGUGGCGUUUAGCGGCAUUAGCACGGGCAUCUACGGAUAUCCCAGCGUGGAUGCUGCGGUUGUCGCUUGUAGGACUGUCAGGGAGUAUCUAGACGAGCACGAUGGCCCACUCAAGAAGGUGGUCUUCGUCACGUUUCUACAAAAGGACGUGGAUGCCUACAACGCGAUUAUCCCGACAUUCUUUCCGCCAGCUGAGAGUACAGAUUGA